AUGUAUUCAACUAUGUUCAUUUUUAGGAAACAUGAAUUCGAAAAACAUGGUAGGUGUGCAACUGAGGAUCCUGCAAUUAAAAACCAACAUGGUUACUUUAAAUUUGGUAUUGAUCUGAUGAAGAAACUGAACCUACUAGAGACUCUGAUGAAAAAUAAUAUCACACCUCAUGAUUCUAAACAAUAUGAAACAACCAAUUUACAAAGCGUUUUGAAAAAAGAAUUCGGUUAUAAUGGUUCUUUAAAGUGCACUGAAAUAAGAAAAAAGCCAAAUGUGAGACGUUUGGAAGAGAAAGGAGUGGGACGCCUGGAAGAGAGUGCUCCGCCGAGAGAAUUAGAUGGUUUUACUAUUCAUGCGAUGUGGCCUAAAACUGCACGUCAUAAAGAUCCAAAGUGUAAAUCGAAAGAACAAUUUGAUAUAGCACAAUUGCGGAUAUUUGUCAUUUACGAAUUAUGCACAACAUCUAGUCAUAAUGAAAUGGGUAGACAAACAAUCGUUCCGACACAUGAAGUUUAUAAUACACUUAUGUUAAUUGAUACCUUUAGAGCUGAACUUGAUUUCGAUCAUUGUGAAAUAUUGGCUUAA